UGAUACGUGUGAGUAUCUUCUCUCCAGCGGGAGAUUUCUUGGAGAAAAAGUAUGGCAGCCCCACAGCUGUAUGAUGCACAAGUAUAAAAAUAGUGAAGCAAAAAACUGUCUCAUAGACAAAUACAUUGCAUUUGUAGGAGAUUCCAGAAUUCGGCAGUUAUUUUAUUCUUUUGUAAAACUCAUAAAUCCUCAAGUCAAGGAAGAAGGAAAUAAGCAUGGAAACAUUCCUUUUGAAGACAAAUCUGCUUCAAUUAAAGUGGAUUUUCUAUGGUAUCCAGAAGUUAAUGGUUCCAUGAGGCAACGCAUCAAAACUUGGACCGAGGGUUCUGCUGCAAAACCUCAUAUAAUUGUAGCAGGAGCAGCUACGUGGUCUAUCAAGAUACACAAUGGCAGCAGUGAAGCUCUCGCACAAUAUAAAAUCAAUAUCACUUCAAUUGCACCCCUUUUGGAAAAAUUAGCAAUGAGUAGUGAUGUUUACUGGGUCUUACAAGAUCCUGUCUAUGAAGAUCUGUUGAGUGAGAGUAGAAAAAUGAUCACUAAUGAGAAAAUAGAUGCUUUCAAUGAAGUGGCAGUCCGUAUUCUGAAUAGCAGCUCCAGAAAUUCUAAAGCUAAAGUUAAAAUGUUCAGUGUAUCAAAACUGAUAGCACAAGAAGCUAUCAUGAAGUCUUCAGAUGGCCUGCAUGUUCCCGAAUCGAGCAGAGAAAUGAACGCAAUGAUUCUUAUGAACGUCUGGUGUAACAAGAUUAUGAAGCCUAUUGACGGUUCCUGCUGCCAGCCCCAGCCUCCCCUCACUCUGAUACAGAAGCUAGCAUUUUUCUUUUUUACUUUAUCAAUUAUUGGAUAUUUAAUUCUCAACUUAAUUCAUCGUAAUAAUCAUCGGAAGAACAAACCAUGCACCGAUUUGGAAAGUGGAGAGGAGAAAAAACCUGCUAUCAGUACACCUAUUUCUACUCUAGAGCUGCUUUUACAGUCCUUCUGCAAGUUGGGUCUAAUCAUGGCCUAUUUCUAUCUUUGUGACAGAGCAAAUCUAUUCAUGAAGGAAAAUAAAUUUUAUACACACUCCUUUUUCUUCAUACCCAUCAUCUACAUCUUGGUUUUGGGGGUUUUUUAUACUGAAAGCACCAAAGAGACUAAGGUGUUAAAUAGACAACAGACAGAUGAAUGGAAAGGCUGGAUGCAGCUUGUUAUUUUGAUUUAUCAUAUCUCUGGAGCAAGCACUUUUUUGCCUGUGUACAUGCACAUUCGAGUUCUGGUUGCUGCAUAUCUAUUCCAAACAGGUUAUGGGCAUUUCUCAUACUUUUGGGUAAAAGGAGACUUUGGAGUAUACAGAGUGUUUCAGGUUUUAUUUCGUCUCAAUUUCUUGGUUGUGGUGUUAUGCAUAGUGAUGGAUCGACCCUACCAGUUCUAUUACUUUGUUCCACUUGUCACUGUCUGGUUUAUGAUCAUCUAUGUUACAUUAGUAGUAUGGCCUCAGAUAGUCCAGAAGAAAGCAAACGGCAACUGCUUCUGGCACUUUGGCUUACUGCUGAAACUAAUUUGCUUACUCAUGUGUAUAUAUUUUCUGUCAUAUUCUCAGGGUGCAUUUGAGAAGAUAUUUUCUCUGUGGCCAUUGUCCAAGUGUUUUGAGCUGAAUGGAAAUGUCUAUGAAUGGUGGUUUAGAUGGAAGUUAGACCGCUAUGUUGUCUUUCAUGGCAUGUUGUUUGCUUUUAUCUACCUGGCGUUACAGAAGCGACAGGUGCUUUCAGAGGGGAAAGGCGAGCCUCUCUUCUCCAACAGAGUUUCAAAUGUUUUAUUAUUUAUUUCAGUGGUUUCCUUUUUGACCUACUCUAUCUGGGCUAGUAGCUGUAAAAAUAAAACUGAGUGCAAUGAACUGCAUCCUUCUGUUUCUGUGGUGCAGAUUUUAGCUUUCAUCCUCAUCAGGAACAUUCCUGGAUAUAUCCGUUCUGUAUAUAGCUCAUUCUUUGCCUGGUUUGGUAAAAUAUCUUUAGAGUUAUUCAUCUGCCAAUAUCACAUCUGGCUAGCAGCAGAUACAAAAGGAAUCUUGGUGCUCAUUCCUGGAUAUCCUAUGCUCAACAUCAUUGUCAGCACUUUUAUAUUUGUGUGUGUGGCACACGAAAUUUCUCAGAUCACCAAUGAUCUAGCACAGAUUGUCAUUCCUAAAGAUAAUGCAACUCUGUUGAAAAGGUUGCUGUGCAUAGCUGGAUUUUUUUCUGGACUCCUCUUCCUGUCAGCAGUUCAAGAUCAAUCAAGGCAUUAACUUCAAGAGAUGCUUUGAAACUUAUUUCAGGCUUACUUUGUGUCUGCCUGAACAAAAAUAGCCAACUGGAUGUACAACAAAACCACUUGUAUGUUGCUGAGCAGCACAAGGAAGACAUUUAAAUGAAGUAUAUUGAACAUAUGUAUAUAGUGGAAAUGUACAUAUGUUGUGUGGAAAUCUCUUCAAGGAACCUGACAAACGAAUGCACUGUGCAAAAUUGCAUGUGAAAAUUUUUUUCUACUGGAUGUAUAUUUCUGUUUACAUAUCUAUUUUAACAUAACAUGAAGAAGUUAAACAGGUGGCUUGGCAACAUCAAUUAGAGAUCGUUGAAUUAACUUUUCUUCAGACAGCUAAAUGGUGGAUAUUUACUAAUGUACUACAGCUAAGACAUAAGAUGUGCUUUAAGUGUACUCAUUGGGAACUGUUUUGUUAACAGCAAAGUGGACUUGAUAUAUGACUUCCUAGUAAAUGACUGUUUUAUAGCUGAAUUUGGAAUAUGAAGUUACCUUCCUGGUCAUCCCAGGAACCAAGUGUUAACUCAUCAUUUAGAGAUGAAUAUUUUGGAUGUAGCAAGCGUGAUAUGAAACCCUUUAUCCAAUCAACAAAAAAAGUCAGCAGCUUAAAGUGAUUCCACUUAGAAUUAUACCCAGAUUUGCAGCAAACAUCAUGUUUUUACUGAAGACAAUUUUCAGCAAAUAUUCUGUAGCUCUAGUAACUAGAUCAUUAAGAAUGCUUAAGUAAUUUUAUUUUUACUUUCUAAAAGUAUGUUUGUGUUUUCAUCAGUUAAAAAAACUGAUUCCACAAUAUUAAUACAGUCCUAGUGAAAAACAGAUGAGCAAGCUUCAGAUUCAGCCAAAUAUUAAAAUUCCCAUCCUUUUCUUAUCACAUCUAACCCAACCAUACCUAUUACUUCAAGUUUUAUGAAGAAGGGGAAAUUAGAGGCACAAUAGUCUCAGAACCCCUGCAUUGCAAAUAACUUGAAUAAAAUUUCACUUUGGAACUGGAACUGUAUUAGAUUCUGCAGUAAUGUUUUCAGU